AUGAUGAUGGUGGUGAUGGUGAUGGCGGCAAUGAUGGUCGUGAUGGUGGUGAUGGUGGUGGUGAUGGUGAUGGCGACAGUUAUGGUGGUGAUGCUUGCUGGCACACUUUACCAGUGCAGAAGACUCGUCAUUGCCCGGCCUGACCGUGAGCAGCUGUGUAAGAACAGGAAGAACCACCCUCUUCUCCGCCAAUCUCCUGGUGGCUCCCUGGACCAGGUCUCUGAAGACUUGGGCAGCGAGAAGUUCUGCGUGGAUGCCAAUCAGGCCGGGGCUGGCAGCUGGCUCAAGUACAUCCGUGUAGCGUGUUCCUGUGAUGACCAAAACCUCACCAUGUGUCAGAUCAACGAACAGAUUUACUAUAAAGUCAUCAAGGACAUCGAGCCUGGAGAAGAGCUGCUGGCGCACGUGAAAGAAGGUGCCUACUCCUUGGGUGUCGUGGCACCCAGCCUGGAUGAGGACCCCACUUUCCGCUGCGAGGAGUGCGAUGAGCUCUUCCAGUGCAAGCUGGACCUGAGGCGCCACAAGAAGUAUGCCUGCAGCUCUGCGGGGGCCCCGCUCUACGAGGGCCUCGGGGAGGACCUCAAGCCCGAGGGCCUUGGCCGGGGCAGCGAUGGGCAAGCUCAUGAAUGCAAGGACUGCGAGCGGAUGUUCCCCAACAAAUACAGCUUGGAGCAACACAUGAUCGUCCACACGGAGGAGCGGGAGUACAAAUGCGACCAGUGCCCCAAGGCCUUCAACUGGAAGUCCAACCUCAUCCGCCACCAGAUGUCUCACGACAGCGGCAAGCGUUUCGAAUGUGAAAACUGUGUCAAGGUGUUCACGGAUCCCAGCAACCUCCAGCGUCACAUCCGCUCACAGCACGUUGGUGCCCGGGCCCACGCCUGCCCCGACUGCGGCAAGACCUUUGCCACAUCCUCCGGCCUCAAACAGCACAAACAUAUCCACAGCACGGUGAAGCCAUUCAUAUGUGAGGUCUGCCACAAGUCCUACACGCAGUUCUCCAACCUGUGCCGGCACAAGCGGAUGCACGCUGACUGCCGAACUCAGAUCAAGUGCAAAGACUGUGGGCAAAUGUUCAGCACCACCUCCUCCCUCAACAAGCACCGGCGCUUCUGUGAGGGCAAGAACCAUUACACGCCGGGCGGCAUCUUCACCCCAGGCCUGCCCUUGACCCCCAGCCCCAUGAUGGACAAGACAAAACCCUCCCCCACCCUCAACCAUGGGGGGCUAGGCUUCAGUGAGUACUUCCCCUCCAGACCUCAUCCUGGGAGCCUACCCUUCUCAGCGGCCCCUCCAGCCUUCCCCACGCUCACUCCGGGAUUCCCAGGUAUCUUUCCUCCAUCCUUGUACCCACGACCGCCUCUGCUACCUCCCACGCCACUGCUCAAGAGCCCCCUGAACCACGCGCAGGACGCCAAGCUCCCCAGCCCGCUGGGAAACCCAGCCCUGCCUCUUGUCUCUGCGGUCAGCAACAGCAGCCAAGGUGCCACGGCGGCCACGGGGCCAGAGGAGAAAUUCGACGGCCGGUUGGAAGAUGCAUACGUCGAGAAGGUCAAAGCCAGGAGCCCUGACAUGUCGGAUGGCAGCGACUUUGAGGACAUCAACACCACGACGGGGACAGACCUGGACACCACCACGGGCACGGGCUCAGACCUGGACAGUGACGUGGACAGUGGCCGAGAAGACAAGGCCAAGGCCAAGUCAUCUGAAAGCAAACCUGAGUUUGGGGGUGGAUCAGUGCCCCCUGGGGCCAUGAACAGUGUGGCCGAGGUGCCGGCCUUCUACUCCCAACACUCCUUCUUCCCGCCACCCGAGGAGCAACUGCUGACGGCCUCGGGAGCCGCAGGCGACUCUAUCAAGGCCAUAGCAUCCAUCGCUGAGAAGUACUUCGGGCCUGGCUUCAUGAGCAUGCAGGAGAAGAAACUAGGCUCGCUGCCCUACCACUCUGUGUUCCCCUUCCAGUUUCUGCCUAACUUCCCCCACUCUCUCUACCCCUUCACGGACCGAGCCCUCGCCCAUAACUUGCUGGUCAAGGCUGAGCCAAAGUCACCCCGGGAUGCCCUCAAGGUGGGCGGCCCCAGUGCGGAGUGCCCCUUUGACCUCACCACCAAACCAAAAGAGGCCAAGCCUGCCCUGCUCACACCUAAGGUCCCCCUGGUCCCCUCAUCCAGUGAGGAGCAGCCGUUAGACUUGAGCAUCGGCAGCAGGGCCCGGGCGAGCCAGAACGGAGGCAGCCGUGAACCGCGGAAGAACCACGUCUACGGUGAACGGAAGCCAGGGAUUGGCGAGGGGCUGGCUAAGGUCUGCCCAGCACAGCUGCCCCAGCAGCCGUCCCUGCACUAUGCCAAGCCCUCGCCCUUCUUCAUGGAUCCCAUCUACAGGGUAGAAAAGCGGAAGGUGACGGACCCUGUGGGAGUCCUGAAAGAAAAGUACCUGCGGCCAUCCCCACUACUGUUCCACCCCCAGAUGUCAGCCAUAGAAACCAUGACAGAGAAGCUGGAGAGCUUUGCAGCCAUGAAGGCCGACUCAGGCAGCUCCCUGCAGCCCCUGCCUCACCACCCCUUCAACUUCCGGUCCCCACCCCCGACGCUCUCGGAUCCCAUCCUCAGGAAGGGCAAGGAGAGAUACACGUGCAGGUGA